CAACGCUUCGAUAAAAGCUGAACUCCAACGAAGUUGCAGGUAUUAACUGUAAGAAAUAAAAUGCUACUUGACUGGAGGUUUCUAUAAAGACUGUUAUGCCUAAGUAUAUUUGAAACAGAUAACAGCAGUUUCUUAAGAGAGAUGUGUUAUGUGAUAGUAACGUCACGGACGCUGUUAUGGACGUUGCUAACGAUCGCAACGACCCUCGCUAUGUUGGCUGCAGUGGUUACUCCUUCGUGGCUGAUAGGAGCUCCGAGGAGGCCGGGCCUCAAAACCAGAGGCGAGAUGUCAGAAAGAGAUCUCUACUCACCAUCCUUAGGUAUUUACAACCGAUGCAUCAAAAUUCAUGAAAUCAACCGCAUAUAUACUGAUAACUGUGCACCAUUUGUUACGAGUUUCGGCAUGCCUUCAGAUCAGUUCCCAAAUUUCUGGAAAGCAUCUCUCAUAUUCUUUGGUUGUGGAUUGUCUCUCAUGAUGUUUACCCUUCUAACAUCCAUCCUGGGCUGCUGCUUUAGAAGCAUCAUGAAGAAGAGCAUCUUCACCAUUUCAGGGACGAUACAAGCUAUCGCAGGCUUAUUUUUCAUUCUUGGACUCAUGUUAUACCCAGCAGGCUGGAGUAGUCGAAGAGUUCAUUUGAUUUGCGGAGAUAAAGCUGAACCAUUUUUACCUGGAGAUUGUACCCUAGGUCUGGCAUUUUAUUUGGCUAUUGGAAGUACACUUGUAACAUUUAUUUGCUCCGUAUUAUCUGUCCAAGCAGAAGUGUCAACUUCUACAGACAAAGUACAAGAUGAAAUUCUUGAAGGAAAGACAUUAAUAUGCCUUCUAUGAAGAUAGAACUUUGGGGGAAAAUGACUAUUUCAUAAAUGCGGUUUUCUGUGCUACUUGAAAAUCGCUGCUAUACAAUCCUACAGUUUUUUAUAUAUGUAUAUUCUCAGGUACAAACUUUCUCGGAAAUAAGGUUUAUAAAUUAGCAUCAAAUGCAGCAUUUUUAUAUUCAUGUGAACUGGGAAAUACGAGAAAGUUGCACAGUAGCAAAUGAUCUGAAAAUGAUGCAUCUUCAAGUGAAGAGAUUUUUCAAACUUUAUCCUGAAGAAGUUUCAGACUUGUUGUAUAAACUGUAAAUUUUUGUUUAAUAUUGCUAAAAUAAAUCAUAAAAAUGCUUUUACUAUAAGUUUUAUAAGCAAUUUUUAUGCACAGUUUUUGCCUUUUAAUGAAUACUGUAUUAACAAUAGGAAAAUUGUAUAAGAAAAAAAAAAUCCAUUAAAAUAAUAAAUUGGUUUGAAAAAAAUUAUGUUUACAGACUAUUUUCCUUAAUAUUUAUAAGAAUAAAAUUCUACUAUUUCCAUAUUUUUUUUCUACUGAGUAUUUAAUUCCAAUUUUGUAAUUUGCAUCAUGUGAAUUGUUUGCUGUAUCAUUUUUUAUAACAGUACUGUUACAUCAGAUUAACUCAAUAAAAUGUACUUCCUAUGUUUUAA